UUUUGGAGAUAUAAAACCAGAUACAGUUAUUGGGAAAGUAUUCAGUAGCGCUUCUUGCCGUGAACUCAGAGAGGUAAACAGUUUCCUUUAAAUAUAAAACACUGACUAGUUUAGUGUUCGUGCGUGCAUCGUAAAUGGAUGUUUUCAUGGAGUCAGUUUGUCUCUUUUUUGGAUUUUUAUGCUGAUUUCCAUUUUAUGUAAUUACUGACAGAAUGAUUCGGAUUUCCUUUUUUAAGAUCAUUUAUGUGAUACUACAUUUGUAUUCUUAUCAAGCAAGUUGCAGUUUUCUUGACUCCACAAUUGAAAAAAGGAGUAAUGGAAUGUUCGAAAUAAUUUCAAAUAGCUCUGCAACAUCUAAACUCACAUUCCAUAAAUUAAGUUCAGAACAAUGGUCUGAUAAAGAUUCCAUAGAAGAUAUUCCUGAUGUCGAUAAUAUCCAUAGAAACAAGAACAAUAUAAAGUUAAAUGCCGUAAUUCCUAGUGAGAUAUCUACGCAGCAAGUAUAUGAGAUUACGACCGCAUAUGAAGGGUAUAAAACAAACUUUCCAUCCGAAUUAGAGACAUUGCUUUUCGAUUCCACAAAGAAAUCCUUAUUGAACGAAAUUAAUAGGACACCAUUUGGGGAGAUCAAUCAUAUAACAAAGGACACAGAAAUAGACACAAGGCGCAAAGAGUUAAUUCCUGUCAAUGUCACAAGAUUACAAACACAAUCAUACGAUUUCCUGGAUGACCUCCGAGCAAUUAAAGCCGAUCAGCAAACAUCUAGAAAGAAAAUUACAACACAUUUGAGGGGAAUAAUAGGAUUUUCUUCGAAUGCAAAUUAUUCAGGAAAUGGUAAAAGUUAUUUCAAAUCAAAGAUAUCUUCAGUUGUGCGAAAUAAACGGAAAGCAACACAGACACAGAAAUAUGAAUAUUUAUACGACGGAAUAGAAUUUACUAAUCUAUCAGAUGUAUAUGCAUAUCUUCACACUCUUUUAGAUACAUUAAAACAUUCGGAAAAUUUUACAAUGAGAUCUGGUGAAAUGGAUCAACCAUCGGACGCGGAAAAACUGUGCUUAAGUACAUUUGCAGCAUUUUAUGGACAAACAGAUUAUGAUGGACAGCUAUAUUGCAACAGCAGCUGGGACAAUUUUUCUUGCUGGCCCCGGACCUUAGCUGGAACAUCGGCUUCAAUACCCUGCCCUGGAUACUUAGAUGGGAUCAAUGUUAAUAACAAUGCUACAAAGUACUGCAAUGAGAAUGGUACAUGGGCAGAGAAAGCGGUUUACAAUCUUUGUGUCAUGGAAGAUGAAACACUGCCGAUGGAUGCAGAGAUGCCACAUCUAAUGGCUAUACGGGUGAUUUACAAUGUGGGAUUCUGCAUUUCUACUUUAGCUUUGAUCAUAGCUCUCUUCAUUUUCUUGUACUUCAGGAGUCUCCGGUGCCUUAGAAAUAGCAUACAUUGCCAUUUGAUUGUUACUUUUAUCAUCAAGAACAUCGUCUGGAUCAUCAUGAGACACUCUCUCAUGUACAUGCAAGAUUCAGCGUACUCGUGGUGUUGUAAGAUGCUCACGAGCAUUUUCAACUUUGCGCAUGCAACAAACUUCUUCUGGAUGUUUGUUGAAGGACUUUAUCUCCAUGUCAUAAUUGUCUGGACGUACUCAGCAGAUAAGAUUAAACUGAGUUAUCUGCUGCUUAUUGGAUGGGGUUUGCCGUCGAUAAAUAUAAUUGCAUGGAUCAUAGUGAGAGCCAUAUACGACAAUGACCAUUGCUGGUUCCCGCACGCAGAGGGAAACUCCGUGUACGAUUACGUCUACAUUGGGCCAAUUCUCUUUGUUCUUUUUGCUAACAUUAUAUUUUUGUCAACUAUUGUGUGGGUAUUGAUAACAAAACUUAGAGCCUCACAUUCGUUGGAAACCAGACAAUACCGCAAAGCGGUAAAGGCCACGAUUAUAUUGUUCCCAUUACUGGGCGUCACUUACGUGCUGUUUAUAAUACCACCAAGUGAUCAUCCGCAGGUUAAAAUAAUCUUCAGAUAUAUCAAUGCCGUUCUGCAGUCCUUCCAGGGAUUGAUGGUAGCGAUAUUUUAUUGUUUCUUGAAUGGUGAGGUGAAAGGAGUGUUGAAAAAGAAGAUAUCGAGAUUUAAUGACGCCAGGUCCCUGAGCACGAAAUACACACGCACAUCCUAUGGUUGGUCGCGUGGAAGCCGUGACUUCACUAACACUGUUACAUUGGGCAAUGGGGCACUGAUUGACCCCAAUCACCGUGUUCCAAAUGUUGUAAAACCUGUUAAUGCAGAAACCAUACCACUAACUGAUACGAAUGCAUCAGAAUACAAACAGGAUGAAUUUAUCUGAACAUAAACGUUAUGUGACAAUUAUAGAUUUAUUUAUGUUGUUCAUAGUUCAUUAAGUAAAACACGGUACCACAAAUUCACCACGUGUAUGAGAUGUAUAAAUGGGAGGACCAAACAACGAUAAUAUCGUUUUUAUAAUGGAUUUCACUUAGUUAAGACAUUCCUUGGAGAACUUGAAACUUUAGUGUGUGGUAUUUUCUGGUCACUUUUGUUUAUUUUGUGUAUAUAUAUAUUUAUAAAUAAAUAAAAAAGAAAUAAAAAAGAAAAACAUCCAAUGGGUUUCCUCUAUCUGUAUUUCUGUCUACCUACCGGUUU